AUGUAUGAAGAGAUGGCCAGCUUGAAUAACGAGAACUCUCGUCGCUGCUCUCUUCCUUCUUUCAAAUUAACCACCAGCAUGGGAGCCUCCGAUUUGGGCGAAGAGCGCCGACUGCCUCCUCUUCCCCAGAUUUUGCCUCUUCCUUCUCCCGGUCCUUUCAACCCAUUCAACACAAAAGAUGCCCUAGUUCCCACCACCCCUAGACCUCAGGACACCUCCCAAUUCAAGUCACCUUGGGCAGCUGCCGAUCACAUCGUCGCUCCCUCUUCACCAGCUAACCCGGCCGAAAGUUGUUGA